AUGGGUCAGCUUCCAUCAAAAAAGCAAAUGAUUUCCACCGUUAUCACACAGCCGGAAAACGGCGUGACUAUUCAAAUAAAUACAGCAUUUACAGUUGUAAAAUCAAUCAAUCUCAAUGCUGGCUUUUUCUUAAAUCCAACCACACACUAUUAUGUAAAUCCACAAACACUUGGUGCUAAUGGUAAUAUUAACGAACAUAGUCACGUUACCACCCAACAACUCGACGGGGAAUUAACUGCUAAUGUUGCAAAUGGUGUACUAACUGCUGGCACAUAUAGAAUUUGCACUAUGACAGCUUCGGACAGUAAUCAGCCUGUUCUUAUGCCUAUUGCUCAACGUGGUGCUCAAGAUGAUUGUAUCAGGAUUAAUGUUGUUGCAGGUAAUACUGGAAAGGGUGGAAAUCAAGCUCAGGGUGCUGGUGCUAAUGGAGGAACUCAAGCUCAGGGUGCUGGUGCUAAUGGAGGAAAUAUAGCUCAGGGUGCUGGUGCUAAUGGAGGAAAUAAAGCUCAGGAAGAUACAGAAAGACUAACCAGUUCAACUUCAGAACCUACAUCUAUUCCUCAAAACUCUUCAUAUCCAUCGUUUUUACCAAAUGAAUCAGCUGCAAACAUUCAAAGCUCCAGACAAAAACUAGGAUUGAUAACAGAUGUAUACACAACGGAUCGAAAUAAUUAUAUGCUGCCAAGUUCACCAGACACGCCAUCACAAGAAAAUGAUACAUUUCCAUCAGAAUCAACUUAUUCUUUUUAUGAUUAUUCACGUAGACGCUAUGGUAGAGGGCAUUCACACAGUCUCUCCAUCGACUCAACGAUGUCCAUAGAUCACCAUCCAGUAGUAUAUUCAUUUUCACAUGCUUCACUUGCUACCACCCAUGAAAUAAAUGAAGAUUCAACUCCAGAGUUAACUCCAAAUUUAGUGACUUCAAUAGAUACUUUCAACCAAAGAUCACCGUCAUUAAAAACACCAUUUUUCCAAGAGUAUCCAUUAUCCCCAACUUUUGAUAAUACAUCAGUGAGUUCAUCAGGAAAAUCAUCAUCGUCGAUAGAAAACCCACCUCGUAAACUUUUGUUGCAAUCAUCUAUGCUACAAAUUAUUAAUAUCAGCAGUCUGAAAGAACGUUAUUUGUUUCUUUUCAAUGAUUUAUUAAUCAUUGCUAAACUUAUCAAUACUAACCCACAAAAAAGCAAUAUACCCCCUACAGAGAAACGGUAUCAAGUUAAACAUAUCGUUGAAAUGCAUCAAAUUACUCAUAUUACUCUUCCUCCGCUAGAAGAUCGAGAUGCAUCUCUGAUAAAUAAAGCACCAAAAAGAGAACCUUCUGUUAUGGCAACAUUCUCUCGAAAAUUUUCCACAAAUCCUCAUGGUGCAAUAGCUGAUAUGGUAGAGAAACGUCAUGUAAAAAAUGAUUCAAAUCAUAUCGCAGCACUUCUUUUUAAAAGGUCCGAAUUAAGCAAACGUAAAUUAGGCCUAUACCUUUCUGAUCGAAAAAACAAAGAAAUUAUGAUCGCAUUUUUAGACAAAUUUCGAUUUGAGGGUCUCUAUAUAGAUGAGGCUUUACGCGUAUUUUUGAUGAGUGUAUGUCUACCACCUGAACGAGAAGACUUUGAUUAUUUAAUAAAGUCAUUCGCAAAUCGUUGGUAUAAUGCGAAUGUCAACGUUGUCAAGUCCAAUGAAGAUAUGUCAAUAAAGUUGGCCUUUGCUAUAUUAGAACUCAAUAGUAGAUUGCACGGGCAACAUAACAUCACGGAUAAUAAAAAUGUUAGGAAUGUUAACAGGGCUGGUACCUUUACACUCCAAGACUUUGUGAAUCAAUUUCGUAGGGAAAGUUAUCAGUUUCACCUAGUUCCCGAUGAAGUAUUAGAAAAAGUAUAUUAUUCGAUUCAUAAAGAAAAAUUAGAGUUUGCAUGGGACGACACACUUGAAGAUAUUUCACCACAGAUACCAAUAAAAGUUCAUCCAGUAAGAUGGCCAACUCGCCUUACCCUUCUUACUCCUUCAGAUCCUAUCACCAUCACAAUUCCUCAACCUGAUCCUCAAUUUGCUAUAAAACUUCACGGACAGGAUUUGACUUUCGAUCCACCUUUUCUUGAUUUCACACAUACAAAUUCAUGUACUUUUACCAUAACAGGAGAGACAUUAGGACUACAUUCCAUGGUACUUAUUAAAUCUGGGGCACGUUGUCGUAAUUAUAUAAAUUUGCCAUCCACUAAAACAAUGUUGGUCGAACGAGCAUUUAUGAAAUGGACAUUUAAAAUUUCAUUUGCCGCUGACAAUGGAAUAAUACGACAUUAUCUUUUCAGUGCCGAUUCACAAGAACAUAGACGCGGUUGGGUUGAAACCAUAAAAGCUUUAGUAGAAAAAUUACUGUCAGAUAGUCUUAGUAGUCCUAAGUCACCAGUAUCUCAAGUGGAUCCAACAAAAGCAGCCGAAGCAGUAGCUUUACGAGUAUUGAAAGAUGCAUUAAUUCCCAGUGAAAAUGCUAUUAGGGAAUUUACAAAUACUAUUAAAGAUAGAUCAAGUCCAGUAAAUAAUGCACUGGAAAACAUUUCUAACAGCAGCAAUCCGGCAGUAAGAAAUAGUGUAAGAAACAGCGUAAGAAACAGCGUAAGAAACAGUAUGUGGAAUAAUUUGAAUCUUGUAAACCAAAAUACACCAGUUAAUCCAUUUGCAUCUUAUGCAAAAACAGGAGAUGAGAUUAUUCAUAUGACUAUUCAGAACAGUCUCUUACCAUUUCUUCUUGGAUUUUUUACCAAGCAAUUAGAAACUGAUACAAAAAAUUCAAAUUCAUCUAAUAACGCCAACACGAACAAUAUAAAUAAUGAUAGAGAGGAACUUUCAUAA